UUAGCGCGGUCUCGCUCCUCUCUUCAGAUCAGCAGAAUCUGUUCAUCUCGAGACGGACAAGAUGGCGAAGUGAGUGGGUUGCGCUUUGAAAAGAAAGCAGCGACUCACAUAAUUCCUUCAACAUUAAAUCGUCGGUUGCCUUGAUGUACGGUCGAUUAAGCUGGAAAGCGCGUCUUUAAGAAGAAAACUCGCCCCUCAAAGCGAGGUGAUUUGAUGAGAGCGUCGAGGACAUCGACUCCGUGUCCUUUCAGGCUAAGCUGCUAGUCAACUAUUCGGGGAAUUACUGAAGAGAAAAAAACAGCCUCAACCUCAGGGGAAAUAGUCUUGUUUUUUACUUAGAUGCCGAGACGACUAAUCUCCUGUUGAAACCAAUGUCCGUUAUCAUCUCAAUUUCGUCGUUGUGAGUUAAGGACACAGCUAGUGAGGAAGACUCGUUUUUAGGCUAGCUAGCAUUGUUUCUACUGGACUGAAGAAGAGAGAGAGCAGCCUGAAAACCUCACCCGUUCACACAGUUUCAGAGUACUUCUCGGAUUUUAGGACAUGGCCAGCAGCAGUGGCUCUAAAGCCGAGUUCAUAGUCGGUGGGAAAUACAAGCUCGUUCGGAAAAUCGGAUCUGGAUCCUUUGGUGACAUUUAUUUGGCAAUCAACAUCACAAAUGGAGAGGAGGUAGCUGUGAAAUUGGAAUCACAGAAAGCCAGACACCCUCAACUUCUGUAUGAAAGCAAAUUGUACAAAAUUCUCCAGGGAGGAGUCGGAAUCCCACACAUCAGGUGGUAUGGCCAAGAAAAGGACUAUAAUGUUCUAGUGAUGGACCUGCUCGGGCCAAGUCUGGAGGAUCUCUUUAACUUCUGUUCCCGCAGAUUCACAAUGAAAACUGUCCUAAUGCUUGCAGAUCAGAUGAUCAGCAGAAUCGAGUAUGUGCACACAAAAAAUUUCAUCCACAGAGAUAUCAAGCCAGACAACUUUUUAAUGGGUAUUGGCCGUCACUGUAAUAAGUGUUUAGAAUCUCCAGUGGGGAAGAGGAAAAGAAGCUUGGCUGUUAGUUCUUCUCAGGACCCAUCUUUCUCAGGAUUAAACCAGUUGUUCCUCAUCGACUUUGGUCUGGCCAAGAAAUACCGAGACAACAGGACACGACAGCACAUACCGUACAGAGAAGACAAAAAUCUCACAGGCACAGCUCGCUAUGCCAGCAUCAACGCACACUUGGGCAUUGAGCAGAGUCGUCGAGAUGACAUGGAGUCGCUAGGAUAUGUGCUGAUGUACUUCAACAGAACCAGCCUGCCAUGGCAGGGACUGAAGGCUGCCACAAAGAAACAGAAGUAUGAGAAGAUUAGUGAGAAAAAGAUGUCGACCCCUGUCGAGGUCUUGUGUAAGGGGUUCCCAGCAGAGUUUGCCAUGUACCUGAACUACUGUCGUGGGUUGCGGUUUGAAGAGGCACCUGACUACAUGUACCUGCGUCAGCUUUUCCGCAUUCUUUUCAGGACUCUGAACCACCAGUAUGACUACACAUUUGACUGGACCAUGCUGAAGCAGAAAGCAGCACAGCAAGCGGCCUCCUCAGGGGGACAGGGGCAACAGGCACAAACCCCCACAGGCAAGCAAACUGACAAACCCAAGAGUAACAUGAAAGGUUUCUAAGCAUUAAGACAAUGUAAUGAAGCAGAGCAGAGUGGUCGUAGCAGGAUUUGCCUUCCAAUCACACCCCGGCAUCUAGGAUCAAAUUCACCAGAACCUGCCAGGCACUGUGGGCAACCUUUUUCCUGUUAAAGAACUUUUGUUCCAUAUACUAUAUAUGUAAUCGGUAUAUAUAGAUAAGAUGCUCUGCAUAUAUCUAUAUAUUGGUAUGUAUAUACUAUAUCCACACAGAGAGCAGGCUUGGUUUGGAGUUGGAAGCUGUAGCCUUUUCUAUUGUCCUGUCCCUUAAGACUUUUCGCCCCUCCUCCUUUGAAAUGGCAAACUGUAGAAAAUGGGGAUAUAAUUGUGCACAUGCCAAUAUUUUCCCGAGUUUUCUCCUUCAGGAAAUCUGUUUGGGGUCCUUACCUGAAUUCUCGGUUGCCCAUCAGAGCAGUUUUGGCCCCCCUUUCCCUUCUCAUCGUCUUCUCGUCACAAAGCGUGGCACGAACCCAGACACACUUCUGUCAGAAUGGAGACAUCUGAGACACAUUUUCGUCCUUCAAUAUUUUUUUCUUCCUUUUCUCGAGCAAAAUGAAACAUCUGAGAUUUAAAUCUGUUUUUUUUUUUUUUGUUUCAAAUGUAUCCAAAUAAUUAAAAAGGCAAACAUUGGGUUUUGUUUUUCUUUUCUAAAAAGGUAAUUACGAUUCUGCCUGCUGAUAUGUGCUAGAGAGCUUCUAAUGUGAAGAUUAAAAAAAAAAAAAACAUUCUAGUGACUACUAGGUUUCUCUUUAGAACGCUGCAUUAACUAUAUUGUACUUGGUAUUCUGAAGUCUACAAAAUAAAAGAAUAAACUCCACAGAAGCAUAUUCAUUACAAAUUAGGCAUCACUCUGAACUAAACCUGUAUGUUAAUUGCUUAGAUGAAAAUUGUAUGCAUCUGAUAUGGGUUUUUUCUCUUUGGAAAAUGUUCAUGUUGAUUGAGAAAGUAACCAUUCGUACGAUUAAUUGCUAUGAUAGGCUCAAUGUUCUGUUUUUGAGAGAAAAAUGUGCUCACUCCACCCUUCCCGUUUCCAUUUUUAUAUGCAUACCUUUUUUUUUUUUUUUUUUUUUUUUUAAAUCAGAAAAACUAUACUUUUUCAGUUUUAUAGAGUUGUCUUUCCCUGUAUUGAAUUGAUAAUUUUGGGGAAAGGUGUUUUUUUUUUUUUUCUUUGUUCUUUUUGUUUGUUGCUUCUUCCUGUGGUGAAGCAGAUCCUCUUGUAAAAUAUCUCUGGGACUUUCUCUCUGCAACAGUUUCUUCGCUGCUGUUUGGUAGCGGUCUUUUGCUCAUUUCCUCUUUUUUUUUUUUUUUUUUAUUGCAAAGAAACAUGUUGGAGGGCUUCUUUUCUAUAUAGUUUUGGGUCUUGUGAGGCAAGAGCAAAUCAAUUUUUUUUUUUUUUCUCCUCAGCCUUUAGCCACGACAAAUGCACACCAGUAACUUGGCUUUCUUUUCUUUUUGUUUUCCUUGCCUCCAAACUGUCCCUCAGAACCAGCUUUAAGUACUUUACAGCUGGACAUUCUAUAAAAGUGUAAUUUAUUCCCUUUUAGCAUGUCAGAAUAAAUUAAAAUGACUUCUCAGAAAUGCUGUCCCAGUCUCUGUAAUUUUAUGAAAAUGCACAAACUGAUUACUGAUAGAAUUUCCCCCUCCCUUUUCAUUUGUUCAGGUUUCUGUCUCUAGUCUGCACAUUUAUUGUUGAAGUUCCACACAACCAGGCGUCAAACUUGUUUUGUUUUUGAAACUGAAAAUUAAAAUGAAAUGCUUUAAAAAUGAGAAAGCAAAAUGCUUGGUUCUCGGGAAAAAAAAUGUAAAGCUUUGAAUGAAUUUGUCUCAAGUGUUUAAAGGGACAUCUUUAUGGAAAUGAUCUCAAGAUGUUGCUGUAAUCCAGGAAAGCAGUUCUUGUGGGGGUGGUGGGUAGUUCUAGGUGCUCGUGCUGUUUUAAAUUUCUAGGAUUUCUAUCUGUAAAUAUUAAAAUGGCUUCAAAUGGCA